AUGUCACUAUUUUUGAUUUCUAUAAUAAUAUUAAUUGUUACUGUAAAUAAAAUUUCAAGUAAUGAAUUAUUCUAUCAAUGUACAUUAGAUAAAAAUGAUUUGUGUCGUUUAAAUUCAUUUGAUGGUGGAAAAGAAAUGAUUAUUGAUUCAGGAUAUAAUUUAUCAAUUAGAUCAAAACCAAAUCAACCAUUAUCUGAUGUUUCUUCUAUAUUAAAACCAACAAAAAAUGGUUCGAAGUGUCAAAUUCCUUAUAAAAAUGAAUUAAUUUCUGAUGAUGAUUUGUAUUUUUGUUCAAAUUCGUUAAAUGAAAUGACAUGUUUAACAAUAAAUGGUUCCCAUGAUCAAUGUCAACAAGGUAAAUAUCAUUUAUUAUUACUUGAAAAUGUUGAACAACGUGAAUUUAUAAGUUCAAAUAUAAUAAAUGCAUCUGAAGAUGUAACUUGUUUAACAUUUUAUUAUUAUUUAACAAAAGAAAAUGUUGUUCUUUUAUUAACUGAUUAUAUAAAUGAACAAGGUGAAAGAAAAUUAAUUGCUGGAUUUACUGAUGUAUCGAUUAAUGGAUGGAAUUUAGCAAGAGCAGAAUUUAAACCUAAUUCAACAUCUUAUAGAAUUAUAUUUCGAAUAUUUCGUGCUGAUAUGACAAUUCUAUCUGAACCAUUUUAUGUUGCUUUUGAUCAAAUAUCUCUUACAAAAGGAAUAUGUGGAACAACACUUCCACCAUUUCAAGAUUUAGAAGAUAAUGAGACAUUUUCUUCUGCAGAAAUGAAUGAUGAAACAACAUCAAAUCUAACAACAAUUGAUGAAACAAUUUCAACUGAUUCAUCUUCAAUAACAACAGAAAUAUUUAAUCCAAUAACAUCAACGUCAUAUCUUCAUUCAUCUUCUAUAACAACAACAACGACAACAACAACAAAUAAAUAUUCAAGUGAAUAUAUUGAAACUGAUACAAUUGGAGAAGUAAUAAGUUCGAACGAAACAUUUUCAAUAACUUAUUCAUUUACUCAGCAAACAACAAAUGAUCAAUUUAAUAAUAAUAUAACAACUUCAACUCAAUAUCCAGAUAUAACAACAACAGAGAAAUCUCCAUUACAAUAUAGUUUAGGAACUAUUCUUGGUCUUUCAAUUGGUUUAGGAAUUCCAGCUGCUUUAGGAAUUAUCUUAACUCUUAUUUUUAUUAUUAAAUUAAUUAAAAAAAAAUCAGUUAAAGUUAUUCCUACGAAUAAUAUUCCUUUGAAAAAACAUCAUCGUGAACAUCGUCAACAUCGUCAACACCGUGAACAUCGUCAUCAUCGACAUGGAAAAAAAACAAAGAAGAAAAGAGAUGAGCUUUUUUAA